AUGAAGGACGGUUGGUCGUGUGCUGCGGUUGGCAGCGAUGUGGUCAUCCAAGGUCCAGAUAACGAACAGAACUUGGCUAUUUCAUUCCAUCGCACGAUCCGAGUGCCAGACACCAAGAGCGAAUACGACCUCCCACCAAGUCUUGGCAAGUUUCCGCUAGUCCAGGCCAGCGACUAUGCCCACAAGCUUCCGGUCGACAUGGCCAAGAAAGGCGGUCUUCUGAUGCCGAUGUAUCAGCGCGAGGCUAUGUGGAUCAAUUUCACUGCUCCAAGCAAAUUUGCCAUCAAGAUCUUCGUCGGCGGCGUCAACGUCGUGUCUGGAAACCCUGCCGGCUCGGCCCCAAUGCCUACAGCUGAGACUGAUGACAAAGAUCUUCGAUCGCGUCUGCAAGACUAUGUUGUGGUUCCUGCUCAGGAUUGGAUUGAUGGUGUAGCCUGCAGCGGUGGGUAUGUCAAGCAGUUCGUGGCGAUGAGAAUGGGCGAUGGCUAUUCGAUUGAGGCGCAAUUGACGGGCGAGGAGACAUUUGGUGGGAUCCAGUUCGAAGUGACACCAGAGACCGUUCCAAUCCUCCCCGAGCCAGGUGUGCCCUAUAACAUCCAGGUCAAGACCCUCACAGGCAGAACCAUCUCGCUGAGCAACGUGUUCACAACAACCACUAUACUCGAGGUCAUGCAAAUGAUUCAGGAUCAAGAAGGCAUUCCACCAGACCAACAACGACUCAUCUUCCGAGCCAGACAGCUCGAGCAAAAGCGCACACUGGGAGCAUGCAAGAUUGGUGCAGACGCUAUUGUUCGUCUAGUAUUGAGACUUCGUGGAGGUGGCCAUGGCCCGGUGCCGAUGGCUCUUGCUGCCGGCGGUAAGAUCAAGCAGUCCAUCAGCCCUGAUUACUCCGAGGCCAAGGACUGGGACGUGGAGAACACCAUGACCUUCAACGUCCAGAUCCUCAGCACUCCGGCAUUCGAGGCUAUCACGGGACGAAAGGCUCCACCAACUCCUAUCACUGCGGAGACAUAUCAUCGCCACGGGUUUCCAUUCUUCAAAUUGUACGAAGAGCAGUCUCAAGUGUUCGGCAACUUCGGUGCAGUCAAGUCAGUUGCUGAGAUUGAUGGUGUCAAAGAGAUGGACUUGACAUUCGUCCAGAAAGUCAUCGGAAGUACUCCUGAUGGUGAAGACAAGGGGCCCAAUCAAGACAGUGGUACUGAUGGUUCUUACACCGUGUCCGAGAACAUCAAUGGCUCUGGCCAGAAGACUCAGGGCUCCACUGGUCAUGAUGCUGUUGGCAAAGGUCGUCUUGCUUCCAUUCUCAAUCCCGCCGGCCCGUUUGCUCCAGGCUUCCGUCACAUCAGUAUCCUGGUCAAGGAGUGGCUCGCUGGUCAGAAGUCCAAGAGUCAAGAGUAG